GUAUUUUCGCGCCAAAAUAAAUAAAUAAGUUAAAUUAAAUUGUAAAAUGAGUUCUAUAGAUCUAUUUAAAGAUUUUAAUGAUGAAGAUGAUGCUCAAUACGGUGAUGAUGAUGAUGACAUUGACAGAAAUAAUCAGGAAAGUGGUAAUGAGCAAGAAAAUGUCAAUAAUAAUAAUGCUGGAAGUGACAAUGAAGGAAGACAGGAAGUAGAUCCAGCAGUUAAAAUCAAAAAACCAAAGAGAAAGUUAGUGACACUUAAUGCUGAGCGAUUAAAAGGACCGAGAGGCAUAAUAGCAAUAGAUGACUUCUUUAAUAAUAUCAAAUUAAAAGGCAAAGGACAUGAAAAGCAGGAUUUAAAUGAAGUAAUGAGGAGAUUAGAGCACUGGUCACAUCGUAUGUUCCCUAAAUAUCAUUUUGAUGAUUCCUUAACCAAAAUAGAACGGCUGGGAAGAAAGAAGGAAAUAGCAUUUCAUAUGACUAGAUAUAGAUUAGGGCAAUUAGUCCAGGAAGAUGAUAAUCGAGUGCUGUCAGACAAUGAUGAUGAUAGAAUGGAAGAUACACUAGCAAAUGAGCUGCCUGUCGAUGAAUUUGAGGACCUACUGAAUCAACAAAUUGCUUUGUCAAGUACAUCACAUAGAUCUAAUAAUAAUGCAUCUAUAAGUCAGUUAAAUAUGUCAUCUGUGUCCUCAUCUACUCAAAUCCACAAAGAGCCAAUGUCACCGGAACCACCAGUAUUUUCACAAGUUGAAGCUAUACAGCCCAAGUCACAACUUACUGAUGAACAAAAGGCAAGAAUUGAAGAGAAUCGUAAGAAAGCUAUGGCAAUUAGAGCAGCAAAGUUGAAGGAAUUAGAAGAUAAAAGAUUAAAAGAACUGAAGGAAGCUGAAGAACAGAAGCUUAAGGAACGAUCACAGCCAACAAUCAAUAUAGAAAUAGAUGAUGAUUUUUGUUAAAUAAAUUUAACGGUUUCAACCGGC